GUUUCUUGUGACAAAUAGUCUAACGUUUCAGUAAAGAGUAAUCGUAGUCCUAAACUAGAAUUUUUUAUAUAUUCCGAAAUUCACUUGCGAAGCUUCAAGUGUAUAAAAUCAAUGUUUUAAUAGAAAUAUAUUAGCAAGGCUUUACUUUCUUAUGCUGUCUACUUAUCUACUUAUGCCGACAGGGAGAAAUAAUGAAUAUAAUAAAUCAAUAAAUUAUAAUCACCUUGUAUAGGGCUUUACUCGUUCCGGGAAAAUCGUGGAGCUGCCUCGAUAGUCGGUCUCCGUUUUUUUUGUCAACUCAAACAAACAUCCUCACACCGUCCAUCGCUCACAGCUCACUCACUCACACGAGACACGUGCUCAGAACUGAAAGAGAAGAGAAGGAAAAGGUUCCGGCUUACAACAAUAAACACGAACCACAUGUACGGAACUCUCCCAUGACGCGAGCGAGUGAGCUCCCGUUUCGGGGGGUGAAUGAGGAACUCGGCACUCAGCAACCAACUCGUCGGUGGGCUACAUUCCUCCCAGUCUGAUGUAGCAGAUGGAUUGUAGAAACAGUGUAUGGAGAGUUUUAGCCCAGUUUUUCGAGUGUAUCGAGUAAAGUUUCUUGUUCUUAUUUCCCGAUAGUUUGGUAGUGUAUUUUUAGGACAAAGUGUUGCAAUUUGCGGUUACAAUAGUUCACAGAUAGUUUAUCUAGUUAUUCAUUAAAAUUUAUCACUGUUUCGAGCUUCUAGAAGAAAAGUAGAAUUUCGUGCUACUAUAUAGGUGUAUAUAUUGCAUUGCUGGAAAACAGUGAAGAAAACUUCUCACCGUCGCUGGCACCCCAUCGCCUUUUUGUCACGACGGGAUUUACGGGGAGUAAAGUUCACUGCCAUUCAUGGUAUUGGUGAUGUUGAAUGGAGUGCGUGUUCUGGUAUUUACAUAGCUGAAAUAUUUCACCUGCCGCUCUCUUGUUCUCUGGUGAGUGACCGGACAACGACGUCAAUAUUAUCCUUGGACUUCAGGAGGAAAAUCAUCAGGAAGUGUUAUUUUUUUCUGUACCAUAGUUGUAAGGCCGGAUCUGAAAAGUUUUCCCCCAACCAACCCGGAUUGGAACAGCAGCCAGUUUGCUCACCGGGACGACACUAAUCAAGUUCAGUUUGUCUUGGUACGAAGAAAUUAAACAAAUUGAACGAUAAAUUCUCAUCAAUCUGAUAUAAAAACUUUUCCUGGAAUUAUUCUGGUAGCCGAAAGAGAAUGGUGAAAUACAGUUUUCACCAUCGCACGAAAUAAGCACCUUCGGACGUCUGGGCAAUGACGUCACAAGCCGUCUAUUGUCUAAGUCUUCAAAUACGUCCUCCAGCGGAAGAAGGAACCAAUAUUUCCACCUCAUCCGGAAAUGUGUCGGUCAGUGGCAAUGAACUCACCAAAGUGGUUACCACUUCGACUCCUACGACCGCUCCCGGGGGUGCCAUCAUCACCGGUUUGGACAGUAAAAGUGUCACCAUUACGGAAGCGACUUCCCGACAGCUUCACUCGCAGAUUCAACUUCAGCAGGCACAAGCGGCUUCCCAGACGUCGGUUCCGGCGCAACAUAGCAACAUUAUACUGGUUCGUGGAUCAAGAUCCGAAAACGGGCAAAUUAUCCUACAAAACACCCACGAGUUACUGAGUUUGUUGAACGACGAGGACAAACCGAUCCUGCUGCAACACCAACGCCUAAAGACGAAACCCGUCCCGGAAGUGGCGACCUCGUCCGGCAACACUAUCCUGUUUCAACCGGCAAUUAAAACCAGUGCCGUCGAUGGGACGAUCCUGCUGCAAUCGGAUGGCCGCAAAAAAACGGCCAUCAGCUCGGAGGGCGGGCCAAUCUUUCUUCAGCAACGCUUCAGUAAGAACGGAUCCACCGAAGGACCGAUUCUGCUUCGUACGCUUAAACGCAUCGAUAAGUCACAGUCUAUUUUGGUGAUUCGUAAUGCUUCUACACCGGCUUCAGCUGCCAAUGUUUCUAGUCAUUCUACUGCUUCCAUCAUCGCAAACUCUGCCACCGCCGUUACCGUCAAUACUGCAACAUUGGCCAGUUCAGCGAAUGCCACUUUCGUCAAGGCAAAACCUCUGCAAGUCCAGAGCCAAUCGUCGGUUGUAACGCUCGGUUCCGGAUCAUCGAAAGCAGGCAUCUCAGUCCGAGAGGACACCGAAGGGAAGAAGGAGUGUGUUGUCACUACGGUGGCAAAAGUUGUCCAGAAACCGAUCAAUUUGCCGCUCGGUGCAGAUGGUGAACCGAUCAAGCUUCCGGAAAAUUUAGAAAGUUUACCACGGGCUGACCAUUUCCCGAACCAGCGACAUCGGUGGAAUACUAAUGAGGAAAUUGCCGCCAUACUCAUCAGCUUCGAUAAACAUUCCGAGUGGCAGUCGAAGGAGGUGAAAACAAGGCCCAAAAGUGGUUCGAUGCUGUUGUACUCUAGGAAAAAGGUUCGUUAUCGGCGAGAUGGGUACUGUUGGAAGAAACGAAAAGAUGGCAAAACAACCCGCGAAGAUCACAUGAAAUUGAAGGUGCAAGGUACCGAGUGCAUUUACGGUUGCUACGUCCACUCGGCUAUUCUACCGACGUUCCAUCGGCGUUGUUAUUGGCUACUGCAAAAUCCGGACAUCGUGCUGGUGCACUAUCUCAACGUUCCGUAUCCGGAUGAUAACAAAAUGGCAGUCAUCACUCCGAACUUGGCUCUCUGGGGCGACAAGAAGGAGUGGACCAAGGAGGAACUGGUCAGCCAGCUGAAACCCAUGUUUUUUCCGGCAGUUUUCAGCGAAGACGAACCGGAUGCCACGAACGAGAUCGAAAUCUCCACGGCCGAAACGGUAGAGGCCAUCGUCAGUCAGCUGAUGGAGAAACAGCGGAUGGCCCGACAGUCGGCUCUGGUGAAGCAACUGGAAUGCGGCUGCCCGGAUGCCAACUGCGUCGACGGGAAGAGCUGCUCGCAUCCGAUGAGAAGGAUAAGUGCAGCGAAAAGUGACUUGGGCAAACGAAACGAUGCAGGCCAUCUGGGCGGUACGGCACCGAACGUGCUGAUCGGUUCGAGGAUGUAUCCCCGUUGGAUCGACAGCAGGCGUGCCCGAGAUCAACAGCAGCAGCAGCAGCAGCAGCAACUGCAACAGUCCCAUAAUAGUAUCCUGGAUGGAAGCCGGUCGGUCACACCGAAGGACGCAUCGAUGCAUUUUCAAGUCAUUCCUACCUCUCAACAACCAAACCACUCCAACAAUCCAAAUUCAAUUAGAGCAAUCGCCGGCAAUCAUCAUCCUCAUCAUCCGAACUCUUCGACGGUAGUGGUCAGCAGUAGUAGUAAUUUAACCCUCACCCAGCAUCUCAACUCAUUGAACGGUGGCAGCAACAGCAAUACCAACAGCAGCAGCAGCAGCAGCAACAGCAAUAACAAUAAUUCACAAUUAACAAGUGUCAGUAGUCAUAUUGCAAACGGACUGUCCAAUGCCCAUUUGGCUGCUGUGGCCCAGCAUCAUCAACAGCAACAGCAACAGCAACAGCAACAGCAACAACAGCAGCAACAUCGAAGUCAUAUGAUCAUCACUAGCAAUAAUUCGUCCUCGUCCUCACCAUCCACGGUUCCGAGCAAUUCAGCCAUUAGUGCUGGCACCAACAAUCAAUUAACCGCGAACGGUACUAGCACUGGCGGUGGAAACCGUAGCGGAACUGACCCUAGCAUAAAUCUCACGACAAAUGGCGAGAAUCAUAUAUCAAUGUUGGGUGGUCACCACCAUCAGCAGCAGCAGCAGCAGCACCAGCAAUCGUCAGGAUCAACGGCGACCAACCAGCGAACGACGGCAGCGACCGCCAAUGGCCCGACGGAGAACGUCAAUCAGCGGACAUCAUCGCAGCAAGAUGCAACCGGUAAUGGAUUGAUGAGCAACGGCAACAAUAACAACAGCAAUAAUGGCGGUUCCGGUGGUCGUCAUCAUAAUCACAUUACGGUUAAUAACGGUGCGGUUGGCAGUGCGUCAAUGGCAAACGGACCCAACGGAAGCGGAGGCGGUUCGGCUUCGUCACUGGUGUUGAGUCUAUCACAGCUCCAAGGAUCGCCUGGCAGUCUUCUAAUACUUAACGGUCAGCAACAGUCUUUCGUUUGUCAUCCCUCCCAUCAACAGCACCAGCAGCAGCAGCAGCAGCAACGUAAAUCCGUCAACAGCACCGAGGCUGGUAAGGAUAGCAGCAGUAGUAGUAGCAAUGGUAGUCACAGUGCCAGUAGCAGCAUCAAAAUGGAAAACUCACCGUCCGAUGCUUCCCAACUCAGUCUGAUACCGAAGCAGGAGAUUAUGGACUCCUCAUCAUCGCCAUCAAACAACUCCUCCAACGGUAGCUCCAGUAAACAGUUUGAGAGUAUGUUUGGAAGUUAUUCGCCGUCCGGAAGACAACCCGGAAACCGGAUGGACGGCAACGGUCACCAUGAUAGUUUGCCGUUCUUCAACGAGACCCUAGAUCUGUCACAGGAAGAUAUUCAGAAGACGCUAAGCGCCAAUAUGCCCCUGGGACACGGUCAUGCGGCGGCUAUUGGAGCUAGCGGACCGCCUGACGAUACGCCAGCUGACGAUGCAAUGAACGGAGAGAUCAAUCCGAUGGAUUUCAUCGAGAACUGUGGAACCAAUCAUGACACGGUAGACGACGAUGUGUUUGUCAACUUGGACGCAUUUGAUAUGCUGGUAGAAUUUCCCGAGCUGGAACUGGACGCCAAGAGUGUCUUUUUCAACGGUAGUGACGCGGGAACGGAUGCCGGUGGCGAGGUGGAUGACGAUGCUAGUGAAAUGAAUCAUUUUAAGCACUCCGCCGACAGUAGCAUGGGGAUGGCAGGGAUCGGCUCGCACAACGAAAACGUUUCGGCUAUAACCGAUUUUAGCCCGGAAUGGGCAUAUCCGGAGGGUGGCAUCAAGGUGCUGGUAACGGGCCCGUGGAGUUCCAGCUCGUCUUACACCGUACUGUUUGAUUCGUUUCCGGUGCCGACUACGCUGGUGCAGAACGGAGUCCUACGAUGCUACUGUCCAGCUCACGAAGUGGGAAUCGUUACACUGCAGGUUGCCUGCGAUGGCUUUGUAAUAUCUAAUGCGGUUAACUUUGAGUACAAGUCGCCACCGAAGAUCGAAACAAAGUGCGAAGCUAACGGAAACGAUAUGUUGUACAAGUUUAACCUGCUCAAUAGGUUGGAAUCGAUUGACGAGAAGUUACAGAUUAAGAUCGAACCGGGAGAACUGCCUGAAGAUUCGAUUCUUUUCAAGCAAACCAAUUUCGAGGAUAGACUGGUUAACUAUUGCGAAAUGUUGACAGCUAAAAUUUGGAGAUCGGUCACUCCAGGAUCUUGGCUUGGAAAGCAUCGAGGUAUGACCCUGCUGCAUCUGGCGUCAGCUCUUGGUUACGCGAAACUGGUGCGAACGAUGCUUACUUGGAAGGCGGAAAACUCAAAUGUCAUUCUUGAAGCGGAAAUUGAUGCGCUCAGUCAGGAUCAGGAUGGUUCUACACCUUUGAUGUGGGCUUGUUCGCGAGGCCACACCGAAACAGCAAUUCUACUGUACAAGUGGAAUCAGACUGCUCUGAACGUGAAGAACAAUUUCCAACAAAGUCCACUGGAGGUUGCCAAAAGCAAAGGUUUCCUGGGUUUGGUAGCCGAACUUGAGAAGCAUGAGACACAACGAAUUCAUAACCGUAAGACACUGGCACCGACCAGCUCAUCGAUACUAACUCUUGCGUCCAUAACGUCAUCCUCUAGCACUUCUUCCACACCAAGUUCGUCUUCUUCCGCUUCGUAUUCAUUAACUGUUGCCACAUCUGGUUCCUUGACUUCUUCUUCCACUUCGAACGCUUCCACGUCUACGACCCUCGCGAAUAGUAGCAGUAGAUCCGGUCGGGUCAAUAGCAAUGCCACUACUAAAAAUAACGAUAAUCAGUCCGGUUCCGGUGCCGGGUCCGAGGCCAGUCCGGAACAUAACUUUAUCAACGAUCUGUUCAACUAUAACGAUGCGCUUAACAGUAGCAAUAGUGAUAGCAAUAGCAAUGAUAACUUUGCCCUUUCAUCCGCGUUCAAUCCGUCACUUUCACCGGCUGCCCUGUCACCGUACAGCGACCUAAAAGGAUCGAGUUCUUCGGCCGUUUCGUCGCUAACCAGCAGCAAUCUUCAUUAUGCACUGGAAAAUAACAACUCCAAUCCGAUGCUGUCGAAUGCACUUUCGCCAAAUUCCGACAGCAAUCGAAGUCACGAUGGGGUUUUCUUGAGGCCAGGGGCUGUAUUCUCAAGCGGACAAAGCCCUCCGGGAGCACGGCUUUCCAAGCGAUCCUCCGUCGAUAGUGGUAUCAAUAUGGAAACGAGAUCCUCGCUAAGUAAAACUGGCAAAUCUAUGCGCGAUAUGCAACGGAUGAGCAGGAACGAUCGCAGCAUGUCGCUUCCGUUGAGCUCCGGCUCUGUCGGUGGUCAAUCGUCUCUGUUCGGUGCUACGGUUGGCGGUGGUGUUUCCAGCAAAGCGUUGUUCAACAACACCGGUAGUACUGGCGGUGUUGGUGAUUCGGAAAAUUUGUCCCUGUCGUUGCAUGAUCGUACCACGGGGUCACCCUCGCAGAUUUCAAGUACCCUCAGCAACACUUCGUUGCUUUCUCCGCUGCGCAAGAUGGACUUUGCUCUGUGUGAAGUUUCAGCCGCUGAAAUUAGCCCGAUGAGCGAGGACCACGGCGAUACUCGGCAGGACGACGAACGACAUUCGGCAGCGUUCGGCGAUGCUUCCAGUAGCGGUUGCUACGGAUUGCACCAGCAACAGCAGCAAUAUCAGCAGCAACCGCAACAGCAGCACCAGGACAGUGUUGAAAUGGCCUCGGGGGGAGGGACAGUAGGGGACAAUGACGCCAAAGUAUUGACACUAGCUGAGCAAAUUAUUGCAGCAAUGCCAGAGCGAAUAAAGAAUGAAUCUGAGGAAAUCAUGUCUUUGGGCAGCCCGAUGCCAGAAACACUUAGCGAAGACACAUCCGGGAUGAGUAUUCUGAACGACUCCUUCAUGGAGCCGCUGCUGGACUCGUUGCCCUCAUCACAGUUUGAGGAGUUCAAUUUUGAGUUCAGCGAUCAUAAUUACCGAUAUCACGAUGUUGGUACACCGUGCUCCAGUUUAAGUCCGGCUUCAUCGGGACCACUUCAGUCUCCUGCUAGCUAUUCGAUCCCGCAGGAUCCACCAGUUUGUUCUCCCAGUCCUCCACCAACGACGCAAGAUUUUACCGAAUUUCUACAAACCACAAAUUCGAACCCCUUCGAAAAGGACUUUUCUAAUCUCAAGUUAAAUGAACGUGAACAACGCGAACUGUACGAGGCAGCCAAGUGCAUCCAGAAAGCCUAUCGCUCGUAUAAAGGUCGCAAAAGCCGCAUGGAAGAACAGGACAAGGAACGUUCGGCUGCCGUAGUUAUCCAGAACUACUACCGCCGUUACAAACAGUACGCUUACUAUCGUCAGAUGACCCAGGCAGCUGUUAUCAUACAGAACGGUUACCGAUCGUACUGCGAAAAUAAGCGAUUCAAAAAAUCACAAUCUGUCCAAUCGAAUCCAUCUGGUAGUGGAAGCGGUGAAAGCCCCGAGGAGGCGGCUUCUUCAUCCCAGUGCAUACAGAGCUACUAUCGAACCUACAAGAACGAACAGAGACAGCAACAGUCGCCCCAGCAGCAACAGAACAAUCAAGGUUCCUCCAAGGAACCGAGUCCAUCCGGGCCGCUGAAGCGAACCUAUUCACAACGAACACAAAACCAAGCCGCUAGGAAAAUUCAGCAGUUUAUGAGACAAUCGAAAAAUAAUACAUGGGAUGAACAGAUGACGACCGUGGCUACAGAGAGAACGAGCCGAAAAAGAGAGGCAGGUCCACCAACGCAGGGUGGAGUACCUCCCAAGCUUGCCGUAUCACGUGGUAGCAAUGCCCGGGGUUCAACGACCUACCAACGAUCCAAGGUGAACUAGAUUAGUAAGCUGUCCGAGCUGUCGGAAUGGAGCAGGGAUUUCAGUACAACGUUUACGUUGUGAAAUUGUUAGCUGGAUGGAAGGCAGUAAGCCACCCUGUGCUUAGAACAAAGCGCAGUGAAAUUUGUGAUUUACAUUUUUGGUUAAGGCCAAACGGCCGCGUAACUGUUGUGUUAUUUGCUAGAAUGUCAAACAUUUUUCAGUUAGCAGAACAGCUGUUGCGUUUAUUGAAUUGGUUGUUUUUAUUAGUACUGUUAGUAAUCUAAAACGGAAUGAAUUAAGUUCAAUUGUUAAUGGAACGUGUUCCUCGAGAAACACGUAUAUCUUUUGCUUCAGCCCACAGUUUAAUUUGUUUGAAAUAUUUCCUUGCUUGUGUGUCAUGCAACAUUGUAUGAAACAUUGCGCUCCGUAGUUGAAACAAUUGUCACAUGUUGUAAGCUUAUCUUGAUUUAGGAAGCAUCGAUGCAAAGUUUGAAUGUGCAAUGUUACAUAGAUUAGGAAGAUAAACGGAAAACCGAAAUACGGGAGAGUUGUUACGAUGGAAUGUUGACUACUAAUGAGAUACCUGAAUUUUUAACAUAGGUGGCGGCAGAAUAAUGAUAACAAAUGAGAAAUAUAAGCAAAUUGUGAUUAUUGAAUUUUUUCUUUUAAGUAACUUGAUUGUACUCCUGAGAGUUCUGAAGAAAAUGAUACAAUAGAUAGAGUAGUAGUUACAAGAAACACAAAGAGAGACAGAGAUGAGAUAAAUUUAUUGACGCAGCAAAAAUAAUAUUUUUAAUAGUAGUUGAAAAAAAAAAAAACAAAACGGGAGAAACUAUUUAUAGAAUCAGAGAUAUGUUUUAAUGGGAAACUAAGCAAACAUUUAGAUGAGGGAAACGUCAUUAACCGCCACAUACAUUGCGCAGACGAAACGAACAGACCUGGGACGGUCGCGUCUGGUCAGAAAACCGACCGGUGACGGUCGCAAGAACGGAAAACGAACAGAGAGAGAAUCGAACCGAGUGCGAGAAGGUCAUUACAAAAUUAUGCGUCUUUUCAAAGACUGCUACUCUGCCACAGUUGGUUAGUCGGAUAGACCUCGACGAUGCAGGGUUGCUUUCUGUUCGAUCAUAAACAAAUGAAUGAAUGAUUUGUUUUUCGAUUUCCUUCCCUCUCUCUCUUUCUCGCGCGCGCGCUCCGACGCAGGCCGGGGUAAUAAGUUUUUCUCCUAACCUAAGUAUUGUUGAAAGCGAAUGUUAAAACGUACGAUUCGGCAGCCAAAUGUUGGACCUAAGAAGAGGACUUGUUUGGAAGGGAAAACUCUUUUUUUUCUAUUUGACUGUUAGUUCUGUUGAAUCUAGUGAAAAUAUAUGAAAUGAAGUAUGUAUAGAAAUGGAGGAAUGUAUUGUAAAAAGGGCAGAUUAUAUACUUAAAUAUUUAUCUCUUCUUCAACUACAGAAUAUUCGAAAGGUAAUAUUGAUGAAAACGGCUUAGUUUGUUGGUUCCAGAGCUAAGAAUCGCAGAUACACAUGCAUACACUCAUACAUAGAUACAUACAUACAUACAUACAUACAUACAUAAAUUAGUCACGCUACUUUAUUUACUAGAAGACGUGCGUCCAUCUUAUGACUUUGAAGACUUGUAAGCAAAUAGAAAAGUAUAGAUCGAAACGCAUACGCAAAAGUUCAUUAAUAUUUCUACGGAGCUGAACGUUUGUUACAUCUAUUUUACUCUACACGCAUACAGAUGAAGCAUAUUCACAACUUUUAGAACAUUGAUAGAUGAAAAUGAUAGGAUGAAACAAACAAACAAAAAUAUUUCCAAGAUAUUCUACGAAAGCUCAUUUGAAAUGCAUAAUAUUUAUUCAAUGAAAUAAUUCAAAAUGAGAAAAUAAAAUCAUAUAGAAGACGAGUUUAGGUACAACUCAGUUAAUCCAACAAUUUUCGCAUUCGCAUUAAUCUCUAUAAACUAUGAUCAUAUUAGUAAGAGUAUGUAAAAUAUUAGAAUCAUGAACAUGAUUGCACUUUUUCGAUAUACUAUUUGAUAUCAUUAAGAAGUAAAAAAAAAACAACAACAAAUGCUAGAAAUAGUCUAGAUUGGAAAUCCAAAUAAGCCGUAAAACAUGAUGUAGCAAAACGACGAGGGAUUACUGCGAUAAGAACAAAUCAAAUGACGUUGAUUUCAACCCCACUACUAAACAUUUACAACACGAAUAACGUUGAGCUUCUAUAUCUGUACUUUUUAAAGGAAAAUUUGAACUAGAAACAAAAUAACGAUCACAAAGCGCUAAAUCUAGCAAAACUGUAAAUUCAAUAUCAAUCGAACACUUCAAUCUACGCGUCUGGGUCUUUACUGAUUUUCCCCGGAAAAGUUAAACGUUUCUGAAGUUCUGUGUUUUUUAUUUUCCAAUAGUAUUUCAUCACCGGUGCACUUGAAAUGUUCUCAAAUGGGAAAAAGCUUUAAACAACAACUUAAAAAAACACACACUUACUCUCUCACACACAGACACAGUUCAAAGGUUUUUCACCCUCUCUCUCUCACAAACACACACACUAACGCGUAGACAAACGCAAAUUUCUAUUCCUAAGUAUUGUUGUAAAUAUUCUUCUAAGUCCUCAUCAAACAAACCGGGAAAACUAUUGAAGCGGAACGAUUUGUUCACUUGUUUCGUGGAAUUUUGUCGUUAACAAAGUGAGGCUCGUUAGUUACGGAGGAAAGACCGUGUGAAUUUAAAAUCUAAUUUCUUCCAUUCUGAUGUUAGGAAACAUUUGGUUUUUUCUCAAUUCGAUAAGUUUGACAGUUGUUUGAAAUAUCAUUUUAUUCGUUUAUAUUAUUGUUGAUAGAUUAAGAAUUAAGUUGUUUCCCGUUUUUUAAAGUAGAUUCACCAUCGAUGAAAGGUUAAGAAAAUAAUUGUUAUUUUUUCAGUUUUACUUUUAGCUUCAAAAACAUAAUAAUAAAUGCAUGUGAUGCUAUUUAUUGGUUACUAUCAGAGUAUGGCGUUUUCUUUCAUUCCAUUUCGUUUUUUUUUCUUUUGUUACGUCGCAACUGUGACUAGCAGAUCGUUGUUGGUCAUCAUUUUUAAUUGAGUUUGUGCGUUGAGUGAUACAUAUUUCUUCAUACGUCUGUAUAUGGGUUUGCACAAGCACUGCACAGCUUACUGUGACUUAUUCCUUCUUUUUCUUUAUAAGAUUGACUUUUCAAAAAUAAACUUAUUUCGACUCUUGCAAUAUUUGCAAGAGUCAUAAUGCGAUACAACAGAAAUAGACACCAAACCGUCUGUUUCUAAGCUUUAUGCUGACUAAACGAAACAGGAAAAAAAUAAACAAAGGUUAAACAAAGCCUCGGUCAUGCGGAACUCGGGCGUUUCAGUUUCACUUGACAGCCGUAGCAUAAGUUUCGGAUCGGCGGUGCAACUACACCCAUACUGUUUUCAAUACCUUCAUCCAAUACCAAAUUUUUACAUACACUGCAAUCAGAAACUAUCGUAUUCUCCAUAUAAUAUUAGUUGAAUGAAAUCCCAGACUCAAUGCACGAUCCAGAUUCUAACAGUAAACCGUACGAGACCUAUCGGACCAUAGCUUUGCUACGCAUCCGAAAACGUUCAAGAAGUUCUUUUGUGAAGGUAGCCGAUCUUGUCUAAGGAGCCCAUAGAGUCGGAAUAUAAAUGCCACUGCAAGGUUAGAAACAGAAUAAAAGAGUAGGCCCUGAUUUCAAGAGUUAUGCGUGCGUUACGCAAGACCGAUGCUGAUUGCGGGAAGCCUUAGUUUUUCGAGCUGAUGCACAAUUAAUGAUAUGUUUUCGAGGUUGUCUUGUCCGGUCGGUCAGAUGCUUUGUGAUGGAUGAUGAACUUCGUUAAGGUUUAUGAUUUAGCUCGGUAUUGUUGUUUUUUUUUACGUUUAAUACGAUCACUAAGCCAAUCCCAGGGAUUUCAAAACUUGAUUUUAUUAUAGAAUAAAAUUGGUAGAAAUAUGUGACGAAUAUCAUACAAGCUCCUAUUUUAAAAGUAUUUUUAUAAAUGCUCGAACCCGACCCCUAUCCAAUUGAGAAUAAAAUAAAUUUACCCGUACCCGUGCAUAAAUUUUCUUCCAAACGCGAACCCAAAAAAAAUUUUAGACCCAACACCGUUCCAAGCAAACAUUUUUCUUCUGAACCCGAACCUAACCCGUACCCUUCGAGCCCGAAACUCGAUUAUCUCGAAUCACUUAAAAAACAGUAAAAAUGAGCAUACACUUUAAAACUAGUCGGUCAAUAUUCAGUAUUUCCGGAUUCGACUGUCAGAAGCACCGUAGGUAGCGAUCAAAAUCUCCAAAAUGGAACUCGCUUCGAUUUCUCCGAGAUGGUUGAAACGAUUUUUACAAACUUAGAUUAACAUUAGAAGUCUUUUGGUCCAAUAAGUUCCUAUUUAAUUUCAUGAUGAUCCAACCUGGGCUUGGAAGCAGCGAUGUCAACAAUUUUCUAAUCUUCGUAACACCCGGCGCGUAUGAAAACCAGAGCUAAAAGCAGUCAUUUUCAUUUAUUCAAAAUGUACGAAAAUGACGAGAAAUAAUUGUCACUCUCAGCUGCGCAAAUUACGAGAACGAGAUCCAUGUCCAGUCAAUGACAUAAGUUUAAAAAUUGUGUUCUUCCUUUCAUUUGCCCUUUCAGCAGCGAUGUCAGAUCAACGGAAAUCUCCGAUAGAUCUUCGGAUUUGGAGAUCGUCCACGGAUGUACGGAUCCGUAGAUAAAAUCUACCAAAAUUGGAAUAUUUCUACGGUUUUCUUUGGGAAUUGGUAUUUUUGUACGGAAAACUACCGGAACGACCAGAAAAAACGUCGUUACCUGCUUUGCACCGCUAGAGUUUUCGAGUAAAAUGUCAAUCUACGGAACUGGCACCACAACUAUCUGGCAACGCUACCUUUCAGUCAUUUGCGGUUUUUGAGUGAAAAUUCCAUAGUAUGCAGUGUCGAUAUUCAAUCGAAGCUUCAAGAAUGGAAAAUGACAAAAAUAAGUUUCACAAUGAAUUUUACCUGUUGGUGUGCGAAUCUGUAGUAGUUUUGGUUUCCAAAGAGGUUCUGGGGUUUAGUUACUACGACUUCUUUCAUAGUUCAGUUACUUUUUAUAGCCCAGCGCCACAAAUUUGCAUUAUAUCGAUGAAAGACUUCUGAUUUUCCCUUCAGAUGGUAGUUUGGUUUCGUCUUGUCAUAGAGGAACGAGUGACGAUAAUAUUGAUACUCUUUUUUUUAAGUAACUAUUUAUUGGAAUAUGAGUUAAAAUUAAAUCAUUAAGAUUUAUAUUGGGUGUUCAGCCACAAGUGGUGACUUUUCAGCCCUGUUAUAUAUAUGAUUUGGUUAUUACCAUGAGGACAUUAUUUGCUUCCGCAAUUCUGAGAUUUUUGUGUAGGGAAAAUUCUAAACCUACUUGUAUUGUGUAAUGGGGAAAGGAACUUAUAUACUAACUUACUAACUAAUACAGAGAGCGAAUCGAUUCAAUUGAAGAUUGCAUCGAUUUUUGUCGGAAUUUGCUUAUAAUAUUAUGUGACAUUACAUCUAAUGGUUCUAUAUUUGUGAGUCUGUGUAACUCAUUUGUACUAAACCAGGGAUGACGCUUCAAAAUUAUUUUCAGAAUUUUAUUCUGAAUCCUUUGAAGCGUUUUCUUCCUGGUGGAACAACAACUCGACCAAAUUGGUACUGCAUAAAGCAUGGCUGGUCUGAAAAUUUGUUUAUAAAUUAACAACUUGUUUUUUAGACAGAGCUUAGAAUUUCUGUUUAUAAGAGGAUAUAAACAUUAGAUAUAUUUAUUACACUUUGCCUGAAUUCCUUCAAUGUGAUUCAAGGAUGUGAGUUUUUUGUCAUACUUUAAACCUAAGUAUUUAGCUUGAUCAGACCAUGUCAAUUCCAAGCCAUUCAAUUUGAGAAUGUGAUUAUUGUUUGGUUUAAGAAAAGAAGCUCUUGGCUUAUGAGGAAAGAUAAUUAAUUGCGUUUUUGCUGCAUUUGGUUUAAUUUUCCAUUUUGACAGAUAAUCACUGAAAAUAUUCAAACUUCUUUGUAGGCGACUGCAGAUCACUCUUAGAUUUCUACCUGUGGCUAACAGACUUGUGUCGUCACAGAAUAGCGAAUUCUGACAACCAACGGGUAGAUUUGGAAGAUCAGAAGUGAAAAUAUUAUACAAGAUUGGUGCUACACUCGAACCCUGCGAAACACCGGCUCGUACGGGUAGCAAUUCUGAUAGCUAACCUGAAGAGUACGAAUAUUGAUACUCUCUUUUUUGCAAUGAGAGACGAAAAUGCUUCGUAUCUCCUCGUUUGUUUUGGAUGCGGCCAUUAACGGAUGAGACAGUAAACAACGAAUAUGAGGCUGUUUAAUUGGACUCUUUCAUUUCAUUGAGAAUGCGUGACAAUUUUAAGCUCUGAUGGAAACAACGUGCCGGUUCGUCCGAUUUUUCAAAAAGUCCAGAACAUUGAAAACAAAUCAAUUGUUUUUAAAAAUUGUAUAGAAAAAAUAUUCAAAAACCUGUUUCUGUAAUUUUUAUGCAAUAAGUUUAAGUUUAUUGUAUUAUCUACUAUCAGGGGAAACUUUGUUGAAAAUUAGACGAAACAUUUCAUUUUACAAUAACUUUCAUGGUAAAAUUGUUUUCAAUGUUUCCACCAGAAAGUCAGUUUAAUAAUCAAAUAGAACCAAAUUAUCAACACUUGAACAAAAAAUAAAAAUAUUGAUAUUUGGAACAAGUAAUUGUGUGAAAUGCUACUUUACAGUUCCUCGUUUUUCGAUGAUUGAUUGAUCAUCAUCAAUGCAAAUGUAAAUUGGAAUGCACAAGUAAAAUGCAAAUGUAAGAACAUGUAAGUAAAAAUGUGUGAUUUGAUAAUUACAUGGCUUGAAUUCGAAUGAAAUAAUAAACAAACGAUCGAUAGCAGCAGCGCGACUUGAAUCGAGAAACAUUAGAACACAAGCACAUCGGUUACUCGACUGAGUCACAGUGCUUAUUACUGUUCAUUGAAUAAUUGAUACAUAUAAAUCCAUACAGCAGCGCUUGGUAACCGAGUGCAAGUUGCACUCGGAGCGUGUAAAAUUCUGUGCGAGUGGAAUAUAACGUCAUUUGAAAAAUUAAGUAGUUGUGAAUUGUAUCGUUUGUAGAAUUCUGUCACCUGUAAAAUUCAUAAUUUCUCUGUGUGCCCAACCUUUCUAGCAACCGUGUAAACUUAUAAGCUUUUGCACUUAAAGAUAUGUCAGAAUGCAUUAAUUAUGUGUUAGAUCAACUGUUAAAAUGAGUCACUUUUGACUAUGUGUCGUGUCGGUCUCAAAAGACGUAAAUUGUAACGAGUUUUUCUAGGUGUGCACCUUAAAGUGAGUUAAAUAGUUAAUUUUAACUUUAAUUAAAAUUCCUUUCUCCAGAAAUGUUGUAGACCAUGUUGAAACAAGUAAUCAUGCCGUAGACAUGAAGUCUUGGUGUCGAGAUAUAAAGUUUUCACAGUUCGAAAUCUAAAUCGAAAUUUUCAUCCUAUCAGAUGCACAUCAAUGGAGCGUCGUAUUUCACACUCAUUUUUAUUCAAGAAUAUGUAAAAUUGUGUGAUUUGAAAAUUACGUGGCUUAAAUUCCAAUGAAACAAAAAAACAAAAGAUCGAUAGCAACACAGCGCGACUUGAACCGAGAAACAUUAAAUCAUAAAGCAAGUCAGUUAAUCGACUGAACCACAGAUGCACAUACCAAUUCGAUUGGUUAAUGGUGCAUGUUAAUUCAUAUUGCCGCACUUGCUAGCCGAGUGCAAAUUACACUCGGAGCGUGUAAAAUUCUGUACGAGUGGAAUAUUGAUUCAUUUGUAAAAUUAACUUGUAUCGUUUGAAGAAUUAUGUCACCUGUAUUUUUCAUUGUGUACAAUUGACUUAUAUGUCGUGUAAAUUCCAUUAUGUUUUUCUGUGCAAACAAUUUUGAGCCAAAUUUAGAAGAAUUUUUCCGUUUUUCGGAUUUUCGUUUUAAAUGGCGGGCUGCAAUUUGAUACACUUAGAUAUGGACAAUUCGCUCCUGACUGUGUCAAUGAAUCAAAUCUUAAAAGUGAGCUGACAGCUCACAGCUCUUCACAAAAAGAAAUAAUGAAAUUUACACGAUAUGUAAAUCAGUAGUAACAUGGAAUAGACAUGGGUUGAAUCGAAAUUUUGAUUGAAAACUUUCAUCGAUGCAAAACUAAAUCGUAUUGCAUUGAUUUUUCAAUGAAUAUAACCGUAUAUUUGAAUUAACGCUUAGUUUGCGAUUAAAUUAUAUUGAAACCUACAGAAUUGUAAAGUAACUUUAUGUUUAAUUACCUGCUCCAAAUAUGUGCAUGAAAAUAGAUGUAAAUUCACAGAAUAUUUUUAUCUGUGUUUUUAAGAGAAUCGCAGCUCACCAGCUGACUCAUUUGCUACCCAGUUCGUCGCAUUUUUAAGAGGGGAAUAAGCUACAAGCUGAACGGAUCUUCGGAUCUUGAAGAGCGAGUUCUAAACGAGAAGAAAUGUUUGCACCAAGUUUCAUUAUUUCUAACAUACCUGCAUUCUUUAACGGAUUGAAUGAGAUAUUAUCUCUUAUCUUACCUCUCACGGCACAAGAAAAACGAGUCACAAAAUUACCCAUCAGUUCAAUUUAAAUGAGCUGAUGAGCUGAUACAUCGACUCGAUUCAUUUUGGUGAGCUGAUCGGUUCGGAGUUGCUCAACAAUAUGAGCUGUUUCGACUACCUCUAUGAUACACACUUAACCCUUACCACUUACGCUUGCCACUAGACGCUACACUUACUUAUGGAAACAUAAAACCUUUCAUUUGUAUCUAAGUUUGUGAAUAUGAUCCUGCUGUUUCUGAGAAAUUGAAGUGAUUUCCGGUUUGAAGUACACGAUCACUUUUUAGUACUUUAGGAACCGGGAACGGAAAUUCGGUAUACCCAAAAUCGAUGUAUUUGGUCAUCAACUAACCAAACCUGUUGAAUUGAAGAAUGAUACGGGUAGUUGAAAGCAUUUUGCUUGAUGUUACAGUGUCAUGUAUGAAAAUACGCUCUUGAAAAUGGAAUUUUUUAUUUACCAGCCUGUUAUUUCGGAACCGGAAGUCAUACCAGGAUGAAAUUUUAUAGAUGUUUUGGCACUUUUCACCCCGUUAUUUUCGAAUUGGAAACCUCGAUCCGGGUAAAAUUCAACAGUAGGCUAUGAAACCGAGAGAUAUUUUAUUUGAACCUAAGUGUGCGAAAAUGGGUCACACAAACAUUUUUCGUACUUGACGAACUGAGUCGAAUGAUAUGUGAUACUCGGCCCUCCGGGCCCAGGCUCAAAAAUUGGCAUUCACAGUGAUUGCAUAAGGAAGUCAAUAAUGAAGAAUAGUAAAGUAACUUUCCAUGCAAUUGUCUGCUCCAAAAAUGUGCAUGAAAAAUGAUGUGAGUUCACAAAAUAAUAUUUUAUAUGUGUUUAACUUUCAAAUGAAUUGAUGAAAACAAGUGACUAUAGAAGAUUUAUGAUUAUCGAAAAGGGUUUCCUACCAUUGUCAGGUUUUGCUGUUUGCCACCAGGACGGCACUUGUUUAUGGAUUUGCCUAAUUAUUUCUGAUAAAUAUGUAUCACUCCACUCGCGAUCUUUAGUUUUUGCGUUGCUUAGUAUGAACUCAUAUUGGUAGUUUCCGGUAAUAAAACAAUUCGAAGUUCCCAGUACAAUAGAUUAGGCCGAAUCCAAAUCUAUCAACCUGCAGUUGAAGCAGUGUCUCUAAUAAAUAAAUAAAACUGAGCAAAAACAUGUAACAUGAAAACAGAAUGAAACGUCCAUACAUUUUUCUAAAGUAUUGUUUGGGGAAAAUGAAUAAAUCAAACUAAAUAAAACCACUCAAUAGAAACCGUAGAAUAGCGUUACUCUAGUAGAUUGUGCAAAUGCAGAUAAAUGAUCAGAUAGAAGCACUUUUUUAGUGAUCGGACAUGAAUUUACCUAGAUAGUAUGUAGAUACCGAGAGAAUGAGAUUCUUGCAAGUGGCGCUAGGUUGAUCACUUGUUCCUUCUAGCCCCUCCAUUUUUCGAGCAGAAGGUUUGAACAUUGUAGUGAGCUCUUUCUCAAUUCUAUUUUAGAUGAUGUAGGAUUUAUAUACUUUUAUACAAAUGAAAGAAGAAACCAAACGGAAAGAAAACCUCUUUCUGGAUUACAUUUUCCAGCUUGACAUUUACUAAUGAACGAAUAAUUGUCAUCCAAGUAGACACUGAGAGUCAUAUGCAACUAGUUUGUGAUAUCAAAGGAUAGUUUCCGUUUUUAUUCGAAUUCUUCACUCCUAGUCGCUAGUUUUGAAACCUUUCGCAAUUCAAGGAGUUAUGAAACUUUAUAACACACAAACAUACAUAAACGUUAAAAUACGACACCUCAAGAAUCCAAUUUGGCUAAUCAAAUAUGAAAUGAACAAUAUAGCAUUAGAUACUAGAAUGCAGAUACUAGUGAUAAAAGCUUUAAACUUAUCAUCACAUGCAGCAACUCAGUUUGAACCGAAAUGUGCAUAGAAAUGAUAUGAACACCAAACUUAAAGUAAUAAAUGCAAGAAGGGUUAUGAGUUUCACUAAAAAAAAACGAAGAAAUCAUUAUUCAAAACACAGGAGAGAAAUUUGAAAAAAGUCUGAUUUUCUGUUGAACUGAGUUUGAUAUUUCCAAAGCUAUUAUUUCGAUUAUCGAUCAUCAGACAAAAAUCAAUAGAGCAAAUCAAGGCACUUUCUAUCAAGCAUAACCUUUUCUGCAAAAUAAACUGUACGAUGAAAACGAAAUAUUUAGACUAGAAGUUGUAAUAGAUAGAUUUUUAUCUUCUUGAAAAUUUUACAUAUGCAACUAAGCAAGAGAAGGAUAAAACCAAGCUGUUCUAAUGAGCGACAAAAACAAACAAAAAAACAAACAAAAAAAUAAAUAAAUAAACAUAAAUGCAAAUAUUAACCGGAACCCAAUCAGAGGAAGCUCCUUCAAGCAAAAAGGUUGUUGAAAAAAAAACUAACAAAACAAAAAUGAAUCUUUCUACACUCGUUCGCUUCCUUGGUCGAGGUGUGCAAGUAUCCAAGCAAUUCGCACAUAUUUUGGCUUCAUCGGGCGGUCCUCGCAUCGCUUUUCCGCGAACUACGAAGUACUAACUAUCACCAUAGCACUGUAAUAAUGUACAUAAAGGUGUCAAGGCAAAAAAAGAAAAAGAAACAUGAACUAAAGUACCUAAGUCCGGUUAGAGGAAGAGCAUCGCGAUCGCUGAGCUCGUGAAUCCGCGCGAGCCAUUUUUGAAAGAUGGGACAAAAACAACAAAACAAAACUGACAGUAUUGAAACAUAAUAAACAAAAAAAAAACAAGAAUGAAACCUUUCGAGCAAAAACAAAACAAAAUAAUGAUAAAGUUAAAGAUGAAACACCAAAUAUACCAUACAUGCAAAUAUCAAGCUAUAAGAAACAGUUAAGCAAAUUAUUACAAAAAAUCAUCAAAGUCAAUCAAAACUGUUCUGGUGUACCAAAUUUGUUAUGUAAAUAUUGCGAUCCGUUUGGGCAGCAACACGGCAUACGUUUAAUUUUGUAUUGAUUGUUAACUAUUGUUUAAGAAUCUUACAUUGAACAGGUAAACAGAGAAUAGUUUCACCAGCAUUACAUAAUAACAUUACGAUACACAUUCGUUCACCCACAGACUCACUCACACACACACA